AAAAUAAUCUCAGCGUUAGAAAGUAUUUUCAAGGCAGUAUUGCAAAGGUGUUAAGUGAUCAUGCGAAUUUGUUUUCGAAGAAUCGAACAUGCUAAAUGAUACACAAUCUGCUUUGACACCGACUAAUAACAAUGAUAACACAACUGAAUCACCAAAAUGGCUCAUUUUUGGAGUGAUUGGCAUCGUGUUAUUUGUAAUAACUCUAGUUAUAGUUAUACUUUUCCUAUUUCGACGAAAGUUAUUCACAAAAUGCAUGUCGGGUGAUUCAGAGAGUUCUACAGAUAACAUAGACCAAAGAGAGCAGGCAGAAGUUCACGAGAGACGUAAAAAGAAUGAUGACACAGUGAUUGAAGAAGAGGUUGUUGAGAUGACAGUAGAUGUUGAAAUAUUGGAUAAGUCAAGCAGCAGUCAACAUGGUAAUUUCGACAUUUCUAAAACACGUUAUAUCGAGGAUCCAACAAAGCAGAAAAUGAUUGAAAGGAAAGACCCCAACCAAACGUACGACUACGCUGUAACAAAGAUUUCAGAUGCAAGAGGCAAUCAGACGUACGACUAUGUCGACCUAGAAACUAUCAAGAAACUAUCAUCUCAAAAUGAUACCGGUUAUGUGAAUGAGGAAAGGGAAGUCAUAGAUAAAACUCAAACAGAUAAAACACAAACGUUUGUGGACAAGACUCGUAAGAAAAAACUACAGCAAAGUGCACCAAAAGUUGGCAAAUCUGAUGAAACAAUGAAGUCCGAAACAAAAGGUGCAUUCGAGACAUCUAAGCGUCCAGUUGGUAAAGAAAAAACACAUAGGGCGGAGAGAGGUGCAAACAAUUCCAAGAAAGACUGUGUUAAUCCUUUAAAAAAGAAAGUUGACGUAAACAGGAGUACAGAAAUGACAUCUCAAAGUGAUGUAUACAUGGACAUGAAUCAGACUUCGUGUUGUCAAUCACAAAUAGAACAACAUUCGGAGAAAAGAAAAACUAGUGGUCCACGACAUAAUGAAUUAGGGUCUUAUGGAUAUAAAUCUUCUCCCAAUAUUCAACAAAAUUAUGAAAAUGUUAUCUUGAGGCAAGCAGAUUCAAACGAGAAAGGAAUAGAAGGAGAAAAUUUAGAAUCAGAUUAUGCAAAUAUAUCGGAUACAAGUCCUACUUCUUCAGUAUCAACAGAUUCAAAUGCUACAGAUUCGUCAAUAAGUUCCAAUGAACUAUAUGGAAACACAAUAAUAUACAAAGCUAAAAAAGUAAACAUUAUAAAAAUGUAUUCAGUCAACGAUGAAAUGUGAAACGUAACAAUCAAAGGUUUGAUAGACGCAGUUGCAUGUGGAAUUCAGAUAUCCAAGUUGACAGAAUAUUCUGGUGCUUGUGUUUUAUUGAACAAAGGAAAAAGCAAAGUGAAGAUUUUUUCUCAAAUUUUUACGGUAACCAUUUUAUGAUUUGGAAUGUCUGUGUCACGGAUGGCCAAAAAUGUGUUCCUCUUGCCAUAGCAACAAUCCUGUUUUCCUUUCCUCGUUGAUGACAUCACCUAAUGUGACUUUUUUAUACAGAUUUUUACUUAAACACGCAUGUUUUAGUCUUAGA